AUGUUGGCCACUCGCUCCAUGUUGAAAACCGUUGCUCAAAACCCCUCGGUCCGCGUUGCCAUGUUCAAGAAUGGCGUUGCUGCACCCAUGGGCGUGAGACAUUUCAACGUCUCUCGUCCUGCUAUGGAACAGUCUCCCGAUGCUGAAUCCGAGCUUCUUCGCCAACAACGCAAGGUCCGUCCCAUUUCGCCUCACUUGAGCAUUUACCAACCCCAGCUCACUUGGUACGGUUCCGCUGCUCACAGAAUUACUGGUUGUGCUAUUGGUGGUGGCUUUUAUCUUGGUGCUCUUGCUUAUCUCGCCGCCCCUGCACUUGGUGUUCAAUUUGAUACCGCCGCCAUCAUCUCUUCGGUUGCUGCUGCCCCUGUCGCUGCCAAGUUUGUUGCAAAGACUACCAUCGCUGCUCCCUUCGUUUACCACUGCUUGAACGGCAUUCGUCACUUGGUCUGGGAUACUACCAAAUUCAUUGAUAUCAAGGGCGUCUACACUACCGGUUAUGCUGUAUUGGGAGGUACCGUUGUUGGCACUCUUUAUCUUGCAUCCAUGUAA